AUGGUGACUAAGUCCAAGAAUCCCAUGGUGGCCACGACGGCGGGUGCCAUUGCCGGCGGUAUCGAGAUCCUCACCAUUUGGCCCAUGGAGAUGAUCAAAACCAACCUGCAACUGGGUACUAUGCGCGCCCAGUACACAGGAAUGAUCGGGGGCUUCCGCUACCACGUGCAGACCGACGGCGUCGGAUCACUAUACAGAGGACUGGCACCCGUGCUUUUAGGCUCAAUCCCAAAGGCUGGCAUUCGAUUCGGAGUCUUCGACUACAUCAAGCAGAGGCUGGCAGAUGAGAACGGCAAGACGUCAGCCAUGCGUAAUCUCGCAGCGGGUAUGAUAGCCGGCUCCAUUGAGGCCACGCUCGCUACAACACCGAUUGAGACGCUCAAGACCAAAUUGAUCGGUGCCAAUGCCGGUAUGUGGGAAGGAACGAGGAUGAUCCUCGCAAAAGAGGGUAUCAGCGGUAUUUAUCAAGGUCUCUGGGCUACGAUUUUGAAGCAGUCUACGAAUCAAGGUCUGCGCUUCAUGUGGUUCAGCGAGUUUCAGAAGCGUGUGAGCCCCGAGUUUCUGGAGCGCCACGGCAUCAUUACUGACGCCCAGAACAUGACUGGUAGUCAGCGUGCGUCUCUGAGUCUUGUCGGCGGCAUGACUGCCGGCAUCUUCAGCGUCUUCGGCAACAAUCGUACGUUCUGGCGGUCUCCGUUCGACGUGGUGAAGACGCGAAUGCAGGGACUGGAGGCGCAGAAGUACAAAAGUACAUUGGACUGCUUCCGCCAGAUGCUUUUCCACGAAGGUGUGGGGUCAUUUUAUGCCGGUGUGGUGCCGCGGCUAGGCCGCGUAAUUCCUGGCCAGGGUGUCAUUUUCAUGUCGUACGACAGCAUCUCAAUGGCCGUGGCCCGGUACAUCGAGGGCUAA